AAGACAAGCUCAUGUCAAAUUUUUACAUACUUUCAUUGAAGCAACUACUAUUUAUGAAGGUCAACGGUUAGUGCAUAUAUAUACGUAGUUAGCUGGAAUGAUGUGCAAAUUUUGAUCAGUUAAAUCAUGCUGUUUACUUGGUUGAAUUUAUUGGCAAAUUAUAUUUACUCCUUCAAUUAAAGCAAGUCUACCAAACCAUAGCUGGGUUAUCUCUUGGCUCAACUCUGAUUACUUUGAAUUGACAAAGUGAAAUGGUUCUUCAAAUUAAAUUUCAUCGAAACUAAUUUAUCUCCAAUUGCGAAUUAAAAAUUUUUGGGUACAUUUCAUUGCUUUUCUCGUCGUAAUCAUUAUAUAUUUACUGACUUAGUAAGAACUUGUCUGAAUUUCCCAGAAAUUACCAAGUGUUAGCAAGAGUGUCGUACAUAAUUAUUUUUGGUACAUGUAAAGCUACGUAUGUACAUACAAUUGAAAAUCAUACUCAGAAAUACGAUACGAUAGGCUCGACGGGAGUUCAUAAAAUUUUAUCGUUAUCAGGUUGAAAUUGUGAAUAUAAACCAAGACUUCGUCCACUUGAGUAGCAUAGCACGGGAAGACAACAAGUAUCUCAGAAAUCUCACGUUUCCUUAGAAAUAUUCGACAUGACGCCAUCGCGUCUUUCCAUACUUCUCGUACUCUUUGCACUCACAUAUUCCACUCUCACCUACAAAAUCUCUGAUUCCCUUCCAUUCAACCGAAUGGUGGAGAGAAUUCAAAUUGCAGAAUAUUUCAAAAAUGCGACCAUCAACCAUCCCCUUUACACCGCUAUGGCUGAAGGGACCCUACCCCUAAAAACCUUCAAGGCCCUCAUCCAACAAGACAACCUGUACGUUGACAACUUUUUCCACGAGUUUGGAAUUUUAGCCAAGCGGGAAAUAGAUCUUGAGAGGAAGAAAUAUAUUCAGAGCGUAGCGGAUGGAAAUAUGCAACAAUUUUUUGACAAAUUUUACGUCAAGUUCAACUUCUCCAAAGGGGUCCAUAUGGUCCCCACAAUUUUGGAGUACGCUGUUUUUGAACUGACCGCUGCAACACAUGCGGAUAUAGGUGUCGCUCUUGCCACGAUGUAUCCCGCCUACGAUAUCUGGACCCGUAUGGGAGUACGUGUCGCUACUAUUGCAGAUUUACCACACCAUCUGGAUCAUCCCUAUUUCGAAUUUAUCUCUCGAAUUUCCACCUUCAACGCAUCCACCGAAGAAUUUACCAAAUGGAUUUAGAAUGGAUACUACGACCGAUUGGGAAAUGAUACUAAAACGAAACGAGCGAUGUUACAUGCGUACACGAGAAGCGUUUAUUAUCAGUUUAAGUUUGCUGAAACCGUUUUAGCGCUGGAACCAGCGUUUGAUCCCGUUCCAACAUUUACAGAUCUGGUGGACCUUCAUGUUACCCCCGACGCGCAGGCGGGUGUUGUAAAUCAUGCCUUAUUUCGAGAAAUUGUAGGUGGGACAUUGCCUCUGGAUCGGUUUGCCGUUAUGGUACAGCAAGGUGAUAAUUGGAUGAAAGGAUUUUACGGCGCGAUGGCUUACAUGGAGAGGAAGGAGACGGACAAGGAGCUGAAACAGCGACUUCAUAAGGACUCGGGCUACGUAGAUUCAUAUUUUGACCGAGUGUAUGAAAAAUAUGACAUCCCGAGGCCCUAUUUUGCCGAAGAAUAUACGAAAGCCUAUUUGGACCACAUAAUUUCCAAGUCUCACCACGCCUCAAUCGCAGAAGGACUUGCUGCCGUGUAUCCGUCUUAUUUUCUGUGGAAUAGGAUUGGUACUGAGGUGAACAAGUUGGCCCGAAACGUGACCAAUCAUCCAUACAUGGACUUUGUCCAGUUCAACAAUCCUGCAGGAAGUAAGAGUCUGGCCAAGUUUCAGAGUCUGAUUAACACGUAUUUCGAAGAACUCGAUGGAGAUUUAGAGACCAAGUGGAAGAUGUUUCAAGUAGUAGGAGACAGUAUUUUGUACGAGGGGAUGUUGGCAAAUGGGGAGUAUAGAAUCGGACGUCCGCAAGGGUUUUAGGUAAUUGCUUGUGUAAUUUGUGGCUAAUGGGCUAAUUGAACGUGAUUAAUUUAGUAUGUAGUAACCACCCUCGUUUGAUUGGAUUUCCGAAAAAUAAAAAUGUAUCUGCAAUUACAUAAUUGAUCCAA